AUGUCCUCGUCCAUCCCUAAGAAUCCACACUUCCAGACCACAGUCACCACACGCGUUGUGCCGAUCCAGCCCCUUCUCGCCUUUCCAGUCUUUGUCACCUCCCUUCGUCUUCCAGAUGUUUCACCUGGUCUUGAUGAUUGA